AUGGUUCCAGUAAAUUCUGCUGCAUACGCAAUCUUCAAAGUUGUGGUGAUAGCCUUAAGUUACGACGGCUACACAUCCUGCCCGUUGAUUACCGGCGAGAACAAGGGCAUCCUGGCCGAGUUCGACUAUGAGUUGAAACCCAAGGAAACGCUGCCUUUCGACCAGAGUACGGAGCGUUGGAUCUUCAGCUAUAUCAAGCGGUUCGUACUGCCCCCACUCUACUGGCAUGGCCUUUUAAGGUAA